UGACCUCUCCCUAUUUGACCUUACACGGCUGACUGUAUCGCCUCGACUGUGCAAUGAUGUUUUAGAAAUAAAUCAAGGAAAGAUUCAGGAUGUGGUGUGUCAUCUGAUCGUGUGAGGACUGAACGAUGCCGAUAUUCCAGACAUGCGCAGUGCUUCUAGACGGCAAGAAGGAAGUGUACCGGAAGGGAGAGACGGUGACGGGGUCUUUAGUGCUGGACGUCACAGAGAAUGUCAUAGUUAAGGGGGUCAGAGUUUACCUGUAUGGGGAGACGCUCGUCAAGUGGGACGAGUUCUCUCCAGGCAGCCUUGGAGGAACCAAGGACUUCGUUGCCAAGGAAAAAUAUGUCGGACUUGUGUUUACAGUAUUUGGCAAGAAACAAAACGCCACUGGUCCAAACCACACCCUUACAGCGGGACGACACAAUUACAGAUACAAGUUCAACCUCCCAAAGGAAGGCCUACCGUCGUCUUACGAGGGUCAGAAUGGCGCCAUCAGAUUCUGGCUUAAGGUUGAGGUGAACAGGCCGUUCCCCAACUUCAACCAGUGCUGGUACCGUGGCAUUACCGUCUUGGACGACAUCAACGUCAACGACUCUCAGUAUAAGGCAUCAGUUCGACGUCAGGCAAAGAAACAGAUUUCUAAGGCUCUUGGUUUGGGAGAUGCUGGUUCUCUCACCUUGACCGCUGCAACUGACAGGGGAGCUUACUGUGCAGGAGAAAAGAUCGCACUGAAAGUUGUGGUGAAGAACGAGUCAACGAAGGACAUGGGGAAAUUGAAGGCUCAACUGGAGCAGAAAGUUGUCUUCACGGCCAGCAACGAGACGAAGACACGUUACACCGUUAUAAGGGUCCUGGAAGGAUCUCCUGUCAUGAAGGGAGAGGAGAGGGUCUGGAACAACCAACUGCUGGAGGUAGACGCCAUUCCACCGUCAACCAAGACCAGGUCCUGCCACAUCAUCGCGGUCAGCUACUGCAUCAAGGUCCUGGUUGAGGUGCCUCUAGGAUUUAACCUUGAGACCAUCAUGCCCAUCACUAUCGGCACCAUCCCGUAUGGCCACGCCCCUGCUGCUGGGGCACCGAGAAGGGGAGCUACUGCUAGCGGCGGUGCAGAGAUUGAUGUCUCCAGUGCCAUAACCUACACCAAAUGCAACGCCGGGUUCCAUGUCUGCCGGACGUCUGAGGGGAACUUUGUGAACUACAAAUACACCCCCAUGUGUGCCUACGUGGUUAACUACACUUUCCCCCCUCCCCCUAGCCCCGCCGGUGGUGCUGUAGGGACACGCCCUGCUGCUGCUACUGCUGCUGCUGCUGCAACACCACGCCCUACUGCUGCUGCAGCUACUACAAAGGCACAACCCAAGCCGGCGUCUCAAGGUGUGAAGGUUCCUCCAGCAACCUUUGUCCAAGCUCCAUCUUAUGCCCUUGCCCCAACACCGUCCCAAGCCCCGCCCCACGUUACUGCUCCUCCCAUGGUGCUACCACCGUCCUAUGAUGAUGUGCUUAGGAUGGACAAUCCGGCUGCUACUACGGAAAUUGCUGUCACACCGGAGAUGGCAGACAAGCCGUAUGGACUGCUUUUCCUUCGGUUCCCGGACACCCGUGUUCAGGAGUUCAGAGACACCAUAGUGAGAGAACACCAGAGUCUUGCUGAAUGUGAGGGAGAAAUCAUUGCAUUUGCGCCACAGGUCCUACAGGAACAUAGCCAAUGGCCAGCACGUACGUCUGUCGCCGUUUUGAAGUUUCCGUCUGCGGAGGUGGCAACUGAUUGGUUCAACAAGACGCCAGGAGUAGCUGAUCCAAAAUGGCUGGAAACAUGUGACGCCAUUGUUGGAAUUAUGAAGGAACAGUUCAGAGAAGCCAACAGCAUCUUUUCAAUGAUAACAUUGAAAUACAAGCUACCAGUUAAAAAAGCCAAGGUCAACAAGUACAGCACACUGUUCAGUCAGACGCUGCGUCCUCUCAGACUGUUGAAGACUGGGGUGAAUCUGGUGUCGACAAACAAGUUCACCACACUGCGGGGCAGCUGGCUGGAAGACAAGUACUACCUCUCGGUCACACAGUGGGAAACUUUAGAUCUUUACUUCGAGUACAGAAGCGAAAGGAAAUGUGGUCCCAAUAAAGAAUGUUCUGAGUUGCUCAAGGAAGUAUUUGACAUACAACCAAGUGUUAUCUUCCAAUCCGAGGAUUUGUCUCUCUUUCAAAUGACAUCCAUACAAACGGCCGAGAGAUCUGACAGCCCGGCCGUCGAGAUGCAGUCAGAGACUACACAAACUCAAAGCGAGGCUCCAGGGGAUGGGACCGAGGGCUCAGGGGAAGGACAGACAGACCUCACAAGAUCUGACAGUCCAGCCAUCGAAGUGCAAUCGGAGGAUAUCGAUAGUGCCGCUACCCAAAACCAAAGCGAGGCUUCAGCUGAUGGGAAUGAGGCUGCAGAGGAACGUCAGGAAGAAACUGCUGACAUAAAAACCACAAUAGCUGACUUACAAUAGUCUUGGAAGACUUGCUGCAAGACCUCAAAGUGUAUAAAUUUAUUUUUUACAGGAAAACUGUUGCUUCUUGACGUAUUUCAUCGCAUGUGUGGUCAUAGUUGAUUGGAUGUUGUUCACCUGUGUUGCUCGACACCUGCACACUUCACCUUUAGGUAGGUCAUUACUAAACUGAACCUAAACUGAAGUCAUGACAUGUAAGAUUGACCAACCUUUCAUCACCUGUCACGGUUUGUUGUUUGUUUGUUUGUUAACGCCGCACUCAGCAAUAUUCCAGCUGAAUGACGGCGGUCAGUUAAUAAUCGUGUCUAGACCAGACAAUCCAGUGAUUGACAACAUGAGCAUCGAUCCACACAAUUGGGAUCGAUGACAUGCAUAAACCAAGUCAGCGAGCUUGACCACCCGAUCCCGUUAGUCGCCUCUUACGACAAGCAUAGUCGCCUUUUACUGCAAGCAUGGUUUUCUGAAGACCUAUUCUACCUCCUUCUUCACGGAUUACUUCAUGUAUUUAUUGGGUUGUGCAAUACUGUGUGGAACAGACUGUAAUUAGUGUGACUGUUACCUGUAAUUAGUGUGACUGUGACCUGUAAUUAGUGUGACUGUUACCUGUAAUUAGUGUGACUGUUACCUGUAAUUAGUGUGACUGUGACCUGUAAUUAGUGUGACUGUGACCUGUAAUUAGUGUUACUGUAACCUAUAAUUAGUGUGACUGUUACCUGUAAUAAGUGUGACUGUUACCUGUAAUUAGUGUGACUGUGGCCUGUAAUUAGUGUGACUGUGACCUGUAAUUAGUGUGACUGUUACCUGUAAUUAGUGUGACUGUGACCUGUAAUUAGUGUGACUGCGACCUGUAACUAGUGUGACUGUUACCUGUAAUUAGUGUGACUGUUACCUGUAAUAAGUGUGAUUGUUACCUGUAAUUAGUGUGACUGCGAUCUGUAAUUAGUGUGACUGUAACCUGUAAUUAGUGUGACUGUUACCUGUAAUAAGUGUGAUUGUUACCUGUAAUUAGUGUGACUGUUACCUGUAAUUAGUGUGACUGUGACCUGUAAUUAGUGUGACUGUUACCUGUAAUUAGUGUGACUGUGACCUGUAAUUAGUGUGACUGUGACCUGUAAUUAGUGUGACCGUUACCUGUAAUUGGUGUGACUGUGGCCUGUAAUUAGUGUGACUGCGACCUGUAACUAGUGUGACUGUUACCUGUAAUUAGUGUGACUGUUACCUGUAAUUAGUGUGACUGUGACCUGUAAUUAGUGUGACUGUGACCUGUAAUUAGUGUUACUGUAACCUAUAAUUAGUGUGACUGUUACCUGUAAUAAGUGUGACUGUUACCUGUAAUUAGUGUGACUGUGGCCUGUAAUUAGUGUGACUGUGACCUGUAAUUAGUGUGACUGUUACCUGUAAUUAGUGUGACUGUGACCUGUAAUUAGUGUGACUGCGACCUGUAAUUAGUGUUACUGUAACCUAUAAUUAGUGUGACUGUUACCUGUAAUUAGUGUGACUGUUACCUGUAAUUAGUGUGACUGUUACCUGUAAUUAGUGUGACUGUGACCUGUAAUUAGUGUGACUGUUACCUGUAAUUAGUGUGACUGUUACCUGUAAUUAGUGUGACUGUUACCUGUAAUUAGUGUGACUGUGACCUGUAAUUAGUGUGACUGUGACCUGUAAUUAGUGUUACUGUAACCUAUAAUUAGUGUGACUGUUACCUGUAAUAAGUGUGACUGUUACCUGUAAUUAGUGUGACUGUGGCCUGUAAUUAGUGUGACUGUGACCUGUAAUUAGUGUGACUGUUACCUGUAAUUAGUGUGACUGUGACCUGUAAUUAGUGUGACUGCGACCUGUAACUAGUGUGACUGUUACCUGUAAUUAGUGUGACUGUUACCUGUAAUAAGUGUGAUUGUUACCUGUAAUUAGUGUGACUGCGAUCUGUAAUUAGUGUGACUGUAACCUGUAAUUAGUGUGACUGUUACCUGUAAUAAGUGUGAUUGUUACCUGUAAUUAGUGUGACUGUUACCUGUAAUUAGUGUGACUGUGACCUGUAAUUAGUGUGACUGUUACCUGUAAUUAGUGUGACUGUGACCUGUAAUUAGUGUGACUGUGACCUGUAAUUAGUGUGACCGUUACCUGUAAUUGGUGUGACUGUGGCCUGUAAUUAGUGUGACUGCGACCUGUAACUAGUGUGACUGUUACCUGUAAUUAGUGUGACUGUUACCUGUAAUAAGUGUGAUUGUUACCUGUAAUUAGUGUGACUGUUACCUGUAAUUAGUGUGACUGUGACCUGUAAUUAGUGUGACUGUUACCUGUAACUAGUGUGACUGUUACCUGUAAUUAGUGUGACUGUGACCUGUAAUUAGUGUGACUGUUACCUGUAAUUAGUGUGAUUGUUACCUGUUAUUAAUGUGACUGUGACCUGUAAUUAGUGUGACUGUGACCUGUAAUUAGUGUGACUAUGACCUGUAAUUAGUGUGAUUGUUACCUGUAAUUAGUGUUAUUGUUACCUGUAAUUAAUGUGACUGUGACCUGUUAUUAGUGUGAUUGUUACCUGUAAUUAGUGUGACUGUUACCUGUAAUUAAUGUGACUGUGACCUGUAAUUAGUGUGAUUGUUACCUGUAAUUAGUGUGACUGUGACCUGUAAUUAGUGUGACUGUGGCAUGUAAUUAGUGUGACUGUGACCUGUAAUUAAUGUGACUGUUACCUGUAAUAAGUGUGACUGCUACCUGUAAUUAGUGUGACUGCGACCUGUAAUUAGUGUGACUGCGACCUGUAAUUAGUGUGACUGUGACCUGUAAUUAGUGUGAUUGUUACCUGUCAUUAGUGUGACUGUUACCUGUAGUUAGUGUUACUGUGACCUGUAAUUAGUGUGAUUGUUACCUGUCAUUAGUGUGACUGUUACCUGUAACUAGUGUGACUGUGACCUGUAAUUAGUGUGACUGUUACCUGUAACUAGUGUGACUGUGACCUGUAAUUAGUGUGACUGUUACCUGUAAUUAGUGUGAUUGUUACCUGUAAUUAGUGUGACUGUAACCUGUAAUUAGUGUGACUUUGACCUGUAAUUAGUGUGACUGUUACCUGUAACUAGUGUGACUGUUACCUGUAACUAGUGUGACUGUUACCUGUAAUUAGUGUGACUGUUACCUGUAAUUAGUGUGACUGUUACCUGUAAUUAGUGUGACUGCGAUCUGUAAUUAGUGUGACUGUUACCUGUAAUUAGUAUGACUGUUACCUGUUACUAGUGUGACUUUGACCUGUAAUUAGUGUGACUGUGGCCUGUAAUUGGUGUGACUAUGAUCUUAGAUUAGUUUUACAGUGAUCAUAGAUCAAUCUGACUGUCAUCAGUGAUUAGUGUCAUUGUCGUCAGAUAUUGGUUUGAUGGUGAUAAUAGAUUAGUGUCAUUGUCAUCAGAUAUUAGUAUAACAGUGAUCAGAGAAUAGAGUUAGUGUCAUCAGUGAUUAUUGUGACUGUAUUCCGAGAUUAGUGUUACUGAUGUAGGAGAUUAGUGCGACUGUGAUCAGAGAUUAGUGUUAUUGUCAUUAGUGAUUAUAGUGCAACUGUGAUUAGUGAUUAGUGUUACUGACAUAGGAGAAUAGUGUGACUAUGAUCAGAUCAGAGAUUAGAUCAUCAACGAAUUUUGUAGAUGACAACAUGCACGAAGUAAGAACAUGACCGACAGGCCUACCCGAUAUUUCAGAAACGAAUACACCUCACAGGUUGAAUGGUUCCAGAGUUCCAUGUAUUGUGAUGUGACUUAAUAUGAUCGUCGCUGGUAAUGAUAAAGGAACCGAUUGAUCAUUAUGUGUUUAUUCCCAUUGUAAUAAAGUAUAUAGAGCUAU